AGAGUCUUUCGAUGAAAGCAAUAGUAUAAAGGACAAAAGGGCAUUUGCUUAACAAGAAGGAAUUGAAAAUCACAACAGAUGAGAGUGAUUCGAAGUAGAGCAAUACUAAUACUUUUUCUGCUUUCUGCGUUUGGGUUAAGCGAACAGGGAAAAUCAGGAGGAUUCUGUAGCGAAGAGAUGGCUACUCUUGGUGGAGUUCAUGAUUCGCAUGGUUCGUCGCAGAAUAGUGACGAGAUCCAUAGCCUUGCUAAAUUUGCCGUCGAUGAGCACAAUAAGAAGGAGAAUGCAAUGAUUGAAUUGGCCAGAGUAGUGAAGGCGCAAGAACAAACUGUUGCUGGUAAACUGCACCACCUCACUCUUGAGGUCAUGGAUGCUGGAAAAAAGAAACUCUACGAGGCUAAGGUCUGGGUCAAACCAUGGUUGAAUUUUAAGGAACUUCAAGAGUUCAAGCAUGUUGAAGAUGUUCCUACCUUUACUUCUUCUGAUCUAGGAGUUAAGCAAGAGCAGACCAGUGGAUUGAAAUCAGUGCCUGUGCAUGAUCCGGUUGUUGAAGAAGCUGCAGAGCAUGCAAUAAAGACCAUCCAGCAGAGAUCCAACUCCCUACUUCCAUAUGAACUACAAGAGAUUGUUCAUGCUAAUGCUGAGAUGGCUGAUGAUCAUACAAAGCUUCAUUUGGUCAUCAAAACCAGCAGGGGAGGGAAGGAAGAGAAGUUCAAAGUUCAAGUGCAGCACAAUAAUGAAGGUGCCUUCCACUUGAAUCAUAUGGAGCCUGACAACUAACUUCUAAACUAGCUUGGAAGAUCCUAUGCCUCUUUAGAGUUCUCUAGUUGUUGUUCUAUGGAGCUAUGGGAUACAUAAAUAUGUUUUAAGUAUAAUAAGCAUGUAACCAGCACAAUAUUUGUACUCCUUAAUUUUGUUGAUCUAAAGUUGGCUUCAUCUAGUGGAUUGCUUUGAUCCAUGCUGUCCCCUCAGGUGGAGGAUUCUUGGAUCUGUUGCAUCUUUGUAAUGUUCUUUCUUGUAUCACAGUUGUAAUGUUCAACCUUUUGUCUUGAAUAUACACUACUCACUUGGUAUGAAGUAAA